GGAUAGUAUAUUGAAGAAAUAUGUCCUAUCUGGUACUUGGCUUGGGUAAUACUGGAGAAGAUUAGACUGAUAUUUCAAAACUUCCGAAACCCUCAGACAUUCAGUUCUGGAUAAUCAGAGACUUUUAAUCUCCACUAUUCCUUAAGUCUAAUUUAAUUUAUGACUGAUUACUCUCAUAUUUUAUUCUUUCCAUUUAGCACAUCUCUUAGUAAACUUGGUGUUCAACUGUAUACUUCGGCAAGCAAAAUUGCACCAUCUCUUUCAGGAUCAAAAAGAUGAUGGACCUACAUCUUUCUGACAGCAAUUCCUAUAAAUCUAACUUUCCCUGACCUUAUGACUUAUCUUGCCGACCUGAACUAAUCUAGGGUCUUUCUCUAAACAGCGUCAGUCUCAAGUCAAAACUCUCUUUCAUGUUAAAUAAAAAGGUUUUAUCUUUGGAUAAGAAUUUUAACUUAAAUACAAAAUUUGAGUAGAUCAGAAAACUUCUUCUGUAAUCUUGAAUCUAUUUUUUAAUAGAAUAAUGUAUGAAUUUUUAUAGGAAUAAUUAUGAGUAAAUCUACCAUCUGUUCAAAUUAUGGCUGUUGAGUUUCAAUUCCUCCUUCCCUCCUCGAAAGUUUGUUCUUUAUCUGGUGAUCAUCAAUUUUAUGUCCCUGCUCAUAUUUCUCCAUCUCACUUUUUGAAUAAUUAUAGAACCCUGAGAAGUGGGGAGGUUUCAUCUCUGAUAUAGAGCUUCAGAUUGCUCUUCUUGAGAAUGACCUAAAGUUAACAUCUAUUAG